AUGGCUGGCUAUCUUUGGCUUGGCUUGGCUCGACCCAAGGAGAUGGCCAAGUCAAAGAAUCACACAGCACACAACCAGUCCUAUAAAGCUCACAAGAAUGGCAUCAAGAAACCCAAAAGGCAUCGCCACACCUCCACCAAAGGGAUGGACCCCAAGUUUUUGAGGAACCAGAGGUAUGCAAGGAAGCAUAACAAGAAGAGUGGUGAGACAGCCACCGAUGAAGAAGAAUCAUGGAUGGUGAUGCUGUCGCGAAAAGCAAGUUUUGAAGGAGGCGGCUCCUUCGUGUGGACUUCCCGUGAGAGCAACUCUUCAGCAUCUACGCAAACCAAGACUCCAGCGACUAUGAGAGAAGCAAACGGGUGUUUGAGAGGAGAAAGCGCUACCAUCUAA